AUGUAUGAAAUGAGAGAAGACAACGCAGGAGCAUCGGUACCGAGCGACCGGGGCGAGGGAGGCGAGGGGCGGGGGGAGGGGACGGUGAAAGCGGACGACAACGACCUCGCUCAAUGUCGAGCGAAACUUCCGACAAAAACGAUACGCAGGGACAUACAGAUGUAUGUGGAGAUGAUGAGACGUCAUCUGGAAGAACCCACGAGGAGACGGACGGACAGACACAGAGGAUGA